GCGGGCAUUCUGACACUGGGGGGAACUGAUUUGGUGUCACUGACAUCCCCACUGACACCAAUACAGUGUUCAGUGCUAAUAAAAAGAACUGACACUGUACUAAUGGCACUAGACAGGAAGGGGUUAACAUGUGGGGCAAUCAAAGGGUUAACUGUGUGCUGUUUUACUGUGUCUGUGUUUUGCUGUAAGCACACUGCUUUGUAUGGCUCUGCUAUGCAGAGCCAUACAAAGCAGUGUGCAGGAGCUGACGGGAGAGAUCUGUAUUGUUUACACACAGGUCUCUUCGCAGUCGGAGAUACUUGGCUAUCACUGGGUGCUGGUGAGUAAUCAU